ACCCUACUUUCUCUUUCUCUAUUCCACCGUUUCCUCAAGACUUCUUUCAGACUGCGAACCCUUUCCUUCUUCCUCUCAGCCGAGAUGCUAUUCCCCGAGCUGUAUCGGGGCCACGUUGAGUAUGAAUGGCGACCAUCGCCGGUGGUAGCCCUAGCCACCAGCGCCGACAACUUCCAGGUCGCCGCCGCUCGCGAGGACGGCUCUCUUGAAAUAUGGCUGGUCUCUCCCGGCUCCGUUGGCUGGCACUGUCAACUUAGAAUACAUGGAAAUCCUAAUUCAAGGAUUUCGUCGUUGGUUUGGUGCCGGCCGGGGUCAAGAGGCUCGCCGUCAGGAAGGUUGUUCUCGUCGAGUAUUGAUGGAUCAGUUUCAGAGUGGGAUUUAUUUGAUUUGAGACAGAAGGUUGUUCUUGAUUCUAUAGGCGUAUCUAUAUGGCAGAUGGCUUCACAACCCUGCACUAGUCAGCAAGAUAAACCAGAUUCAAUACAGUAUGAAAAUGGCAAUGCCAGUGAGAGUGAGGACAGUGAGGAUGAUGACAACUCUGUUGAGCUUUAUGAAGAAGAAGAUCGUGUUAAUGAAGAAAGUCAAAUAGCUUUUGCAUGUGAUGAUGGAUGUGUCCGAAUUUAUAGUGCUUCUAGCUUAGAGGAAUUAACGCACAAGAAAUCAUUGCCAAGGAUCAGCGGGAGAACAUUAAGUGUCACUUGGAGUCCUGAAGGAAAUAGGAUAUUUUCUGGGAGUAGUGAUGGGUUGAUAAGGUGUUGGGAUGCAAAGUUAGGUCAUGAAAUCUAUAGGAUUACAGUUGGUCUUGGAGGUUUGGGUAGUGGAACUGAACUUUGCAUAUGGUCCUUACUUGCUCUGAGGUGUGGAACCCUUGUAAGUGCUGAUAGUACUGGCAGUGUUCAGUUCUGGGACACCCAGCAUGGAACACUUCUGCAGGCACAUUCUUAUCAUAAGGGGGAUGUGAAUGCUUUGGCAGCCUCUCCCAGCCACAACAGGGUAUUUUCUGCUGGCUCAGAUGGUCAGGUUAUCCUCUACAAGCUCUCUACUGAUGGAAAUGAGACUGAUGAAGUAAAUAUUUCCCCUGUAGUGAUCAAGAAGUGGGCUUAUGUUGGUUAUGUUAGGGCUCAUACACACGAUGUGAGGGCCUUGACAAUUGCUGUUCCCAUUAGUCGUGAAGACACAUUGCCUGAAGAAAAGGUGAAGAGGCGUCGUGGUAAGGCGAAGCCCCUUGAUUUUAGUUACCAUAAGUGGGCACAUAUAGGUGUGCCAAUGCUUAUCUCAGGCAGUGAUGACACUAAGCUUUUUGCAUAUUCGGCAAAGGAGUUUACCAAGUUUUCUCCACAUGAUAUUUGUCCGGCACCACAGAGGCCAUCUAUACAGCUUGUAACCAACACUAUUUUCAACCGUACUUCAUUGCUCUUGAUUCAGGAUUCAUAUCGGAUAGAUAUUUUUAGCGUUGGUGUAAGAAAUGGUGUUGUCUCCAAUAGUGGAUCUAACCCAUCUGGUGGGGCUGCAAAAACAGAUGUAGUUGUUCGGAUUAAGUGCCAGGCUUCUCGGAAGAUCACAUGUAGCUCUAUUUCUCCUUCAGGCGAAUUCUUGGCUUACUCUGACCAUGUUAAUCCCAGACUUCUCCAACUUAACCGAACUGGCACUGGGACACAUACAUGGAAAGUGAAUAAACGAAAGCUUCCUUUGGAAUUACCAUUUGCUCAUUCCAUGGUAUUCAGUUCUGAUUCUUCACAACUGAUGAUUGCAGGGUGUGACAGAAGGAUAUAUGUUGUUGAUGUGGGAAAUUUGGAAAUUGUUCAUGUAUUCACACCUUGCAGGAAAGAUUAUGAUGAAGAGUUGCCACCUACUGAGCCUCCGAUAACCAAAAUGUUCACCAGUAGUGAUGGGCAGUGGCUAGCUGCUAUCAAUUGCUUUGGUGAUGUGUACAUAUUCAAUCUAGAAAUACAGAGGCAACACUGGUGCAUAUCAAGGCUGGAUGGAUCAUCAGUUACAGCUGGUGGAUUUACCCCCCGAAAUAGCAAUGUCCUUAUAUUAUCAACAUCUUCAAACCAGGUUUAUGCAUUUGAUGUGGAAGCCAAACAACUGGGAGAAUGGUCCAUGCGGCAUACAUUUUCUCUUCCAAAAAGUUAUCAGGAGUUUCCUGGAGAGGUGAUUGGCCUGUCUUUUCCGCCAUCAGCCAACUCCUCCACUGUUAUUGUCUACAGUCCAAGGUCAAUGUGUGCGAUUGACUUUGGGGUGCCGGUUGAAGUGGACGAUGCUGACCUGGCAAACAGUCAGGAGUUGCUGUUACGGAAGAUACAGGGCACCCCUCUGAAUGGAAAAUUGAAGCGAAAGUUGAAAGGAACGGAGUUAGAGAAGAGUCAUCAACAUUACGGUAGAAAGAAUUUUAUAUUUGGUGAAUUCCGAGAUCCUGUUUUAUUUCUUGGACAUCUAUCAAAAAGUUCUGUCUUGGUCAUAGACAAACGAUGGAUUGAUGUGGUUAAAACAUUCGAAGCACCGCCUGUUCACAGACAUAUUUUUGGCACAUAGUUGCAACAAUACGGGCGGUGGUUCUCUAAUGAGGGAAACAAAGUACCUUUACUCUCAGCUCUUAUUCUUUUGUCUGUUGGGGGUGUUAGGUGAAGGCAUUUUUCUUUUUUUUUACAAAGCCAUGUUGUGUAAUGUAUUUUUCUUCGUUAACAUCUGAAAUCAAAUUUUUGAGUUCAAUAUAAUUCUUUUGAUUUGCAGGUUAUCUGCACUGCAAAUUAUUUAGAUUU